AUGUCCAAGAUCAUGGGUGCAAUGGCAAGUUUCCGUGACAGACUCUCACGUGGGAAGUAUGAACUAGGGGAAACCUUGUCUAAUCACAGCGACAAACACCGCCGCGGAGGCCCUGAAGAUGACGUUGCCCAUAUAGUCGAGAAAGAAUUGCAGUGGUCGAGCGAAGAAGAGGACGAAGAAGGUUUGGGGGAAGACGACCAGCCGGGUCAUGGCGAGGCAAUGAAAAGCCUAGAUGAAUUCCUGGACAACGACGACCCUCCCGAAGCAAAGAAGCGCUAUGGUAAAUUGCCACUGAUGCAAUUUCAAGACCGCGGGGCCGCCGACGAUGCGUGGCCCGCAGAAUGGACAUCUCUGGCAGACGUUGAUGCGAGUUUCAUCGGCAAGGACAUCACUUUUCGCGCUCGGAUCCACGUCGUCCGCAAAAUGAGCGCUAAGCUUGCCUUUAUGGUCUUUCGCCAGCAGACCGCCACGAUACAAGGCGUGCUGAGCGCAAAUGACGGCGGCGUCUCCGAGAAUAUGGUCCGCUGGGUGGAACACAUGCGACCGGGUUCCAUUGUGAUCGUCAAGGCAAAGGUCAAAGAACCCGAACAGACGGUCAAGAGCACCAGCACUUCGCAUGCCGAAGUGAACAUCGAACAGGUGCAUCUGGUCUCGGCAAGAACGGCUCCCGUGCCCUUCAGCGUCUAUGAGGCCGACAUGGCGACUGACGUUCACUCAAUAUCGGAUAGAAUCAGGCUGUCCAACCGCAUCCUCGAUCUGCGAACUCCAUCCACACAAGCAAUUUUCCGAGUUCAGUCGGCUGUUUGCAGGACUUUCCGGAGAUAUCUGGAUGACCGCGGCUUUCUGGAGAUUCAUACACCAAAGUUACAAGGCGGCGCAACCGAGGGUGGGGCUGACGUCUUCAAGCUCGAUUACUUUGGACGUCCGGCUAUUCUAGCUCAAAGUCCGCAGCUUGCCAAACAAAUGUGCAUCUCUGCUGACUUUCCUUGUGUCUUUGAGGUUGGUCCUGUCUUUCGCGCUGAAAACUCGAACACUCCCCGCCACAUGACCGAGUUUACCGGGUUGGACCUAGAAAUGGUCAUAGACAGGCAUUAUCAUGAGGCCAUGUGGCUGAUUGAUGCGACACUCAAGGAUAUCUUUAAAACGCUUUAUGACUGCAACAGAAACGACAUUGAUACCCUCAAACAUCACUUCCCACACGACGACCUGGUCUGGCGGGACGAGACACCGAGGCUGACAUUUGCGGAAGGAGUGAAGCUGCUGAAUGAAUCAGGGUGGACCAACGACGACGGAAGUCAACAAUUCGAGCACGAUGACCUACCAACGAGGGCCGAACGAAGACUGGGAGAGCUGGUCAAGGAGAAAUAUCACACCGAUUACUACAUUCUCGACAAGUUUCCCGUAGCGGCCCGUCCUUUCUAUACCAUGCCAGAUCCCAAAGAUGAUAACGUCACAAAUUCUUUCGAUUUUAUGGUUCGAGGACAAGAAAUCCUUUCUGGUGGGCAACGCAUCCACGAACACGCACUGUUGAAAGAGCGAAUGGAGAAUCUAGGCAUGAAUCCGGAUGACCUGAAGGAAUAUGUGCAAGCUUUCGAGUGGGUAGCUCCACCUCACGCCGGGGCCGGUAUCGGCCUGGAACGUCUUGUUGCCCUUAUCCUGGAUCUGGGGAAUUUGCGCUACGCGUCGCUAUUCCCUCGCGAUCCCAAAAGCUUCCCCACCACCAAAGAACCGAACCUGCGGCAUCCUGAAGACACUACUCUGCGGCGGCCGAGGGGAUAUCUUCAACCACUUGAGAACCUGGUUGCAAACUAUGGCGAUGCCACAAACACCUCCUGGAUGGACGAGAGAUUCCAAAUUUGGCGCGAUGACAAGACGGGCGCAGCCAUCGCCUACGUCGCCACGCACAACCGCGCAAUCAUUGCCGGAAAUCCGCUCUGCGAAACGUGCCAACUUGAAGACGUCAUUAUCGCAUUCCUGACGUGGCUCCGACGGGAGACUCAUCUCCAGCCUCUCUUUAUUCUGGUCGACAAAGAAGUCGAAGAGGUCCUCGGCGAUAAGCUGGGAUGGAAGAGUUUUACCAACGUGGCAGAGCAGCGGGUCAAUCUGGCUAACAACGAGCAUUUGACCAUUAACAGCGACGUCGACCGCAAGAUCAGGCACGCUUCGAAGGAAAGCGUGAAAGUGACUGAAUAUGGCAGUGAUGUACCGGGAGACGUGCGCCAGCAGGUCGAACAGCGCAUCAAGGAAUGGCAGGACAGCCGGGAGGGAGCACAGGUCCACCUGAGCGUGAUCACGCCGUUCAGGGACGCAUCGCAUCGCCAGUAUUUCAUCACCAUGGACGACCACGGUAAAAUACACUGCUUGGUGGUGCUCGCGCAACUCGCGCCUCGAUGGGGCGUGCAGGUGAAAUGGGCGCUCGACUUCCCCGGGGCGACCAACGGAGCCAUCGAACUGACGGUGCAGACGGCACUCAAGGCGGCCGCGAAGGUGGGCUAUAAGACGUGCACAUUCGGAGCCGGUGCAACGACCAAGCUAAGCAGCGAGCACAACGUCGGCGGCGCAAAGGCCGCCACGCUCGACUCGCUGUAUCAGACCCUCGCGGCCAGGUACAAUCUGGACAAGAAGACCGGCUUCCGCACCAAAUUCAACACCCUCGAGGAUCCGCUCUACCUGUGCUACCCGCCGAGAGGCAUGGGCCCGAAGGGUGCCCGAGCCAUCAUCAACUUUUUCCAAGGGGAGGAAUAG